AACCCACACAGCAGUUAAAAUAGCUCCACGAUACAGUGCACCUGUAAUCCAUGUCCUGGACGCAUCCAAGAGUGUGGUGGUGUGUUCUCAACUUUUAGAUGAGAAUUUAAAGGAUGACUAUUUUGAAGAGAUCACAGAAGAAUAUGAAGAUAUUAGACAGGACCAUUAUGAGUCUCUCAAGGAGCGAAGAUACUUAACCUUAAGUCAAGCCAGAAAAAACGGUUUCCAUAUUGAUUGGCUGUCAGAGCCUCACCCAGUGAAGCCCACGUUUCUUGGGACCCGGGUCUUCGAAGAGUAUGACCUGCAGAAGCUGGUGGACUACAUUGACUGGAAGCCUUUCUUUGAUGUCUGGCAGCUCCGGGGCAAAUACCCAAAUCGUGGCUUUCCCAAGAUAUUUAAUGACAAAACUGUAGGUGAAGAAGCCAAAAAAGUCUAUGAAGAUGCCCAGAGUAUGCUGAAAGUGCUGAUUAAUCAGAAGAAACUCCAAGCCCGGGGCGUGAUUGGGUUCUGGCCAGCACAGAGUGUCCAGGACGACGUUCACCUCUUUGCUGAGGGCUCGGUGCUCCAGACAGCAGAGCCCGUUGCCAUCUUUCAUGGGCUAAGGCAACAGGCCCAGAAGGACUCUGCCAGCACAGAUCCAUACUACUGCCUCGCUGACUUCAUUGCUCCUCUACACUCGGGUGUCCCCGACUACCUGGGCCUGUUCGCUGUUGCCUGCUUUGGGGUGGAAGAGCUGAGCCAGGCCUUUGAGGAGGACUGUGACGACUACAGCAGCAUCAUGGUCAAGGCGCUGGGGGACCGUUUGGCCGAGGCCUUCGCGGAGGAGCUCCACGAAAGGGUCCGCAAAGAAUUGUGGGCUUACUGUGACUGUGAGCAGCUGAAUGUUGCGGACCUUCGAAGGCUGCGCUAUGAGGGCAUCCGCCCAGCUCCCGGCUACCCCAGCCAGCCCGACCACACGGAGAAGCUCACCAUGUGGAAGCUCGCAGACAUUGAGCAGUGUACAGGCAUUCGGUUAACGGAGUCAUUAGCAAUGGCCCCUGCAUCAGCAGUAUCUGGCCUUUACUUCUCCAAUUUGAAGUCAAAAUAUUUUGCUGUGGGGAAAAUUUCCAAGGACCAGGUUGAAGAUUAUGCUUCGAGGAAGAACAUGUCUAUAGCUGAAGUUGAAAAAUGGCUUAGCCCAAUUUUGGGAUAUGAUACAGACUAAGUUUUUGGUUUUUUAUUUGUAACUUUUCUAUAUGUGAUGAUUCUCAAGAAGGUAUAUUGCCCAGAGUGCCUUACAAAAUAACAGUUGCAUCUGCAUCUGGCUGAUACUUGCCUGCUUUAGGUUUUGAAGGACUAUUUGGUGGAUCUGUGCAAAGGAAGCAGGACCUUGCUGUGACUCUUGGAAAGGAGUGGACUCUUUUUAAAGGGGCCUUGAAUGAAGAGCAGCAAAGAGAACUCCCAUGAUGCCACUGGUCCCUCAGGGACUGGGGCGAACAGAAGAUACUAUUACAUUUCAUAGCAAGUCAGCUACCUUUUUCCUUUGGCCCUAGAAGAUCAUUUGUUCUUUUUAAUUUAUUCCUCCACCCUCAUUUCUGGAAAGAAAAAAAAAAAAAAUCCGGAAACAGUUCCACGGAGAAAUGUGACCCUGUGACAAAAUAACGCCACACGAAAUGGUGCAUUUUCAUCUAAAUGGUUAGAACAAUGAACUCUGACAGGGAUGAAAGUGUAACUGUGCCCCCCCCUCGAAAAAUCUCAUUUUCUAAAGGGUCAGUUAAAUGGUUGCAGAAGCCCCUUUAGCAAAAGGCACGCUCCCACUUGUGGCUUAUCUGAACUAUCAAGCUGUUUGCCCCAGUGUCGUGAAACACAGUGAUGUUCUCUAAGCAUUGUUUGUCCUUUCGUCAUUUCCUACUUUCUUGCCUAAGGAAAACAGCAGGAAGGUUGAAGAGUGUGGUUGUUAAGGGUAAUUGACCUUUUUUUUUUAGUUGUUUUCACAAAAUUGAACACAUUCUUGACUGAGCUGUUGUGUUCAGAGCUGGACAGGUGAAUGGUAUAUAAUUCCACCCAAUUCUUCAUUUUCUGCCCUGGCUCAGCAUGACUCAAACAACUUCGGACUAACCAUCUCUCUUCAGUUAUUUCCGGUGAAGUCGACAUACCUGAGUUCAAAUUUUAGCUUUGCAACUUAACUGCUACAAGCCCCAAGCAUAAGGUCUCCAAUACUAUUUUCUCAUCUAAACAAAAAAGCAAACAAGCAACAACAACAACAAACCUGGGGGUGGGGGAGGCAGUGGUGCUAGUUCCUACCUUCUGGACAUGAGCCAAUUAGCCAAAAAUAGCACUCAUAAGGCAGAAGAUACAAAAUCAUGCACAAAGCAAGUGAUUGGCAGCUAGUAGCUUUUGUAGAGCUCAAUAGGCAGCUUCUUAUAGAUGCUCUUAGAAAUGGAACAGAAAGUGGAGGGGAGAUAGCAUAAUGGUUAUGCAAACAGACUCUCAUGCCUGAGACUUCAGUGUCCCAGGUUCAAUCCCCCCGCAUCACCAUAAGCCAGAACUGAACAGUGUUCUGGUUAAAUAAAUAAAUAAAUAAAUAAAACACCCAAAGAAUUACAACAAAAGGAAAUAAAUAAAAUAUUUAAAAAAUUAAAAUAAAAAGGAAGUUGGGUGGUAGCAUGGCGGGUUAAGCGCACGUGACUCAAAGCACAAGGACCAGUGUCAGGAUCCUGGUUUGAGCCCCUGGCUCCCUACCUGCAGGGGAGUCACUUCACAAGCAGUGAAGCAGGUCUGCAGGUGUCUGUCUUUCUCUUCCUCUCUCUGUCUUCCCCUCCUAUUUCCAUUUCUCUCUGUCCUAUCCAACAACUACAACAAUAAAACAAAGGCAAUAUAAGGGAAUAAAUAAAUAAAAUUUUUUUAAAAAAAGAAAUGGAACAGAAAGUGGUGGAGGUGAAGAGAGAUUAGGGAAAUGCACAUGGUGAUGACUAGAUUAAGUAUUGCUAGGUACUCUUCCUGGGAUAACAACUUCAUAUAACACUGUGAUGGGGAAUGAGAAGCGGCCUCCUGUGUCACAAACACCAUCAGUCCUCACUGUCUCUGUGACAGUCUCCUCCUCACCCCUUACCUCUCAUAUCAGAAGCUGGUCUUGUCCCCAGGUGACAUGGCUGUAGAUACAGCAGUUAGAUUAAAUGUAUACUCGGGUAAGGGGCGAGUGGUGGCACACCCAGUUAAACAGUACUGUGCACAAGGACCCACAAAAACCUGGGUUCAAGCUCCCCCUUCCUACCUGCAGCAGGGAUACUUCAUAAGCAGAGAAGCAGGUCCGCAGGCGUCUAUCUUCCCCUCCCCUCUCAAUUUUGCUCUGUCAUAUAGAAUAAAAUAGAAAUAUAUAUAUAUAUAUAUAUAUAUGUAUUUGAAUAAGGGACAUGAACAAGGGAAGCAGCUUAGGAAAUGAUUAUCUUACACAUCUGUGGUAUGUACAAGUUACAGAGCAACAUACUUUUUCAGGAUUCUCUUGCUGUUAAACUGAAGACAGGUAGGCUUUCUUUAGGUACAUUUAAUUUGUGCUAGAUUGAGAAUGCAAGUUAUUUGUCUGAGACACUUGUUUGGAGGACUUUCUGUCUCAUAGCAGGUAUGUUAUUUGAGAAAGAAUACCCUCUUUCAAAUAUUUUAAUGUAUUUUAUCUGAAUUUCAGUUGCUAAGAAUUUUCCAAUUUCAUUAAAUAUUUACCAUCUCUU